AUGAAAUGGUGGACAUUUAUAGCCGUUCUUGCUAUAGCCAAUGCCAGAGGAGGUCGUGGCGGAUCUAGAGGGGGGCGUUAUGGGGGUGGUUCCUACAGAAGCAGUAGAGGUUAUAGAUCCGCUUUCAGGGGUAACCGUAUCUCCGGCUCCCGUAGUAUUCGGACCGCCCUGCUGCUUGGAACUGUGUACGGAGCUGCUCGGUACCGCAUGAGAGCCAGUUAUACUGAACAUGGCACGUUGCCCAAAGUUUGCUACAACGACAAGUAUGACAAGAGCCCUAAUGGCAGCGUAUCAUACAAGGGCCGGUUUUUCUGCCCACUGGACGAUACUAUGUCUGAUGAUUACAAAUACUGUUGUGGUGAGGAGGGACUUCAAUACUGCUGUCCUUUCUGGACUGUGGGGACAAUUGUUGGAUUGGUGAUUGGGAUCAUUGUCGCUACUGUGUUGCUGUUUGUUGGCGUAUUUUGUGUGGUUAAACGUAUAAAGACAUCCAGACCAAGGAGGCAUACGGCCACAGCAGAGAGGCCAAAAUUUUCAGACAUAUACACUACUAGCACUCAUGAUAGUCCUCCACCGUCGUACGAAAUGGCAACAGCAGACAAAAAACCGCCAUCACCCUUUCUUUCUUGAGAAGUUGAUUGCCCUAUAGAGAAAUCACUCACCCCCAUACCGGACCAAGAAUUCAGAACUGAAUAUGCUGGACAUGC